AUGUCGGGUUCAGACGGAAGAGUCGGUGGACAUGGGAACAAUCUUCCAGUAUCAGAAAACAAUCCCGGUCCUCCUGCGUAUGAGAAAUCCUCUAGCACACGGUCUAGUCGUGACGCGCCAGGUUACCGCUGGUCCGAGGACGAGGAGGAACUAAUCGCUAAGGCGAGAUACGAGUUAAGAGGCGAUUACAAGGAGCUCGUAGGGAAGCAGGGCUCCAGUUUCUGGCUGAAAGUGUGGGCUCAGGUGAAAUCUUGGGAUCCUGCCUGGGAUCGACCCGUCGACGCGGUGAAGGUUAAAAUCCACCGCCUGGAGCGCAAGUAUCGGGAUAUUCUCGAGCAGGAAGCGCAACCUGGUGCCGUUGCCGUUCAGAAGCCGCUGUGGUGGAAAUGGCUGAGUCUUUACAUGGAGGAGAAGAUGGAGGAGGAGAGGCAGGCGGCGAGAGAAGCAUGGAGAGACGGUGGACGCCCGGAUGGUUCGGAUCAGCAAACGCUUCCGUCGUCUUUCAGACCGUUUUCGCAGACGGUCGGACCGAUUCAGCCGGCGUAUCCUCCCCCACCGGAAAGCCCGUCUGACGGACUGGACGGAUCGCAAUUACAGCAACUUGACAGAACGCCGUCAGCGAAACGGAAGAGAGAUUCGGAGGCAGCUUUGGCGGCUGAAGACUCGCUGGAACAAGAUACGGAAUUAAACGUGAAGAAGAAGAAGGGGUCACGCAAGAAAGGGGGAUUGAAAGAUGGGGACCUGUCAGGAGGAGCAGCAGGUGCAGCAGCAGACGCGAAUGGGGAUGGCGGUGCCCCGGCGAAAGAAGCUUCGACAAAAGAUUACGAGCGGUGGAGCGAGCGCGAGCAGGUUUUAGUAGCCCGCGCGCGGUUCGAACUCCACGACGAGUAUAAGAAGCGGCCAGCUGGGCAGCAAGGGAGCUUCUACGGACGGCUGAAAGAAUACAUUAGGUCGACUAAGGAGCCGUCGUUCGACCGGCCGUUCGAGGCGAUUAAGUUGAAACUGCACCGAAUGGAGCGGAAGUAUAGGGUUAUUAAGGAGCGUGUAAGGGAGCGCGAGCCGGGCGACGCGUCGGCGGAGAACGGGGAAGGAGCAAACGCGCACCUGGUGCUGAAGCCCAAGUGGUUCAAGUGGAUCGACCGUGUCUUCCCCCACAGCUUCUCCGCCACCUCCUCCAGCUUCCGCCCGCCUGCUCCCCCCGGGGUGGCGCCUCCGGGAGGCGUUUCCGCUGCCCUGCUCUCCCCCCAGGGCGCAGGACCUCCGGGGAAUCUGGGCGCGGGUGGCGGCAGUGGCGGCGGCGGCGGAGCUGGUGGUGGAAACGGGGGCGGCGGAGCAGCGGGCGCGGCUGUCCCGCAAGGAGGGUUCUGGGGGCAGCUGGUGAGUCCGGCAGGGGACGGCAGCAUGGGGCAGGACGGCUUUCCCACCCCGGGGAACAUACCAGGGGGGAUGCCUUUCCCAGGUAGUGCAUUCGGCGGGCAGGCCAGCACGAAUGGAGGGAGCUUGGCAGGUGUUACGACUGGUGGUGGUGGGGGCGGUAUAAGUAGCAGUGCAUUGGAGCAGAAGCUGGACGAGGUGAUUCGAGUGGUGAGGGAGAGCAACGAGGAGUGGCAGAAGCGGUUUGUGGAGGAGCAGGAGAAGAACCGUCAGCUCUUCCGCGAGCUCUUCAUGACCUUCAUGGGGCCGCGCAUGAGCGCCCCUGCCACUUGA